UACGGCAGCACGGCAAUUAAAAUAGAAAAUGGAAGGGACUUUACAUCGAUAUUCUUUGUAACUUAGAAAUUAAUAAAGAGUUUAUUAAUGCCAUAUAAAAUAAAGUAGAAAUAUAAAGAUGUAAAUGAAGACUGUAUAAGGCGGACAAGACUCGAGGGCCCAUAUCGCGGUCACGGUUGCUUGUAUUGAACACAAAAUCUUACAAAGAUGUCUGCAAACUGUCUGAAAAUAUUAAAAGGGUUCGAGGCUAAAACUAGUUUUAUAUAUUUUUUUGUCUUGACACCUCAUUACUAAACAUUCAUUCAGCACCGAAGUCGCCAGAGAGUCGGUCGUAAUCAAUAAUAGACUAUUUUUAAUGCGAUCAUAAAACUUCUAAAGUACGUUUUAUAGCCCGAUGGUCGUAUGUUAAUGAGCGUGUCUAAUACAAUGCGGACGCGGUGCCGAGGUGUUAUAAGGAGGCGCGCCGCUCUCGCUCCUCGACUCUCAUCAUGGCCGGUACGAAGCUGUGUGUGUGCGUGUUGUCGGUGUCGCUGUGUGUGUACGGUAAAGUGUGUCGCGUGCUGGGCGUGCCGCAGUUCUUCGAGGACCCGACCAAGUUCUUCAAGCCGCUGCAGCUGGACCAGGUGCACCGCGGUAGCUUCAACAUAACCGACUGCGUCAAGGAGCUAAUCAACUGCUGGGAGUACAUCAGGAUCGACUACGCGUGCUCCAACAGGUUCAUUUUGGAGUCUCUGUGCGGCGUCAUAUUCAUCGAGUGUGACGAGUUCGACGGCUGGAACGAGAGAGAUCACAUCCAAAUUUUCGACGCCUACUGCCGGGGGGAGUGAGAGACGGUCGGACGGAGGAGAAAGAAGAGGAGAGAGAGGAGGGGGAG